GCACUCCUACACACACUUACACACAGUCACUCACUCUCUCUCACUCAAGUCAUUCUCAGCCACAAGUACAGACAAGCACCGUGUUCCAGUCCAGCUGGAGAGAGAAGCAUCGCAAGGUGCACACAUCGCAGGACAGGACACUGGCUGACUCUGCAGCUGGAAAGAAGGACACAAGCCAAAAGGAACAGAACAAGGAAAACAACAGAAAAUAACAGAUGACUUUUGGCAAUGGAAUUACAAAAUAAAUAGUUUUUGGGGACAUAGUGAGUAAAUAGAGGCUGAGAGAGAAAGAAGAGGAGUUUAUCAUUAGACAGACAAGUAAAGAGGCCAACUCAUCUGUGACAGAGGGCUGGUUGGAAGCCCAGGUUCCUCUCUGCUCUGUUGACUGGUCCUCAGUGACAGGGUCUGCUACUUCCUUGAUCAUCACCCCUUCCCACCUUCAGAGAGAGAGACCACUCGACGGGACCACACAGCCUGGGUCUCCAGCCAGCCAGCAUGCUUACUGCCUGUGCAAGGUGCACCUUGGGAGUCUGACCCACCAUGUGCAGAUGGAAGCCACCCGUCGCCGGACUCAGUCCUGACCUCGCUGCCAUUGGCACUGCCCACACCGGGCUUCCGCCCCUGCCCAGCGCUGCCUCCCUCCGCCUGGUGUGCCUCACCCUGCUGCUGGUGGCUGGCACGGCUCUGGGGGGCUGCCCACCUGGGGUAGGGCAUGAGCCCCUCCAAGUACUGGCGAGGGGCAUUAACUGCUCAUGGACACUGGAGCGGCACACACGCAGUUACAAUCACCUAGAGGGCGACGUCCGACUACGGCGUCUCUACUCCGCCAACAAGUUCUUUCUCUGUAUCGACAAAACGGGCAAGGUGGACGGCACCAGACGGAAAAACUACGCUGAAAGUCUAAUGGAAAUCCGAUCUGUCAGUGUGGGAGUCGUCGCCAUCAAAUCAGUCAGCACCGGGCUGUACUUAGCCAUGUCCAAAAAAGGCACACUCUUUGGAUCGGUGAAGUACAACCCUAACUGUAAGUUCAAGGAGCGCAUCGAGGAGAACGGCUACAACACGUAUGCCUCCCUGCGCUGGAAACACGGCGGCAGGCAGAUGUUCGUAUCUCUGAACGGCAGGGGGAAGCCCCGGCGAGGUCACAAAGCCCGGAGGAGACAUCCCUCCACUCACUUCCUCCCCAUGCUGCCCUUAUAGCUGGACAACUGGACUCAUGCUCUGCAGCCAGUCCCUCCUACUAGUGUUGUGGUUAUCAAGAUAACUAUGAAUACAAUUAUGAUGAUGAUGAUUAUUAUAUCCAUACCCUCUCCCAUAUAUGUACAUUUGUUGGGGUUGUAUAAACUAUUUUGUUUGUCGAGAUCGCCUUGGGGGCAUAAUACAGUAAGUUUAAGUUAUUCAACCCCCCCCCCUUUAGUGUAAGGUCCAGAAAUAAAGCUGCUAAUAUUGUGUAAACAGUAUGUCUAUUAUUAUUAUGAUCGAUUAUCAAGCCAAGGGAUAAUAUUGAUGAUGCUCUUCUGUGUCAAGGAGUCAUUUUGACACCACCGUCCUCUGAGAAAGUGUGUAAUUGAAACAUAUCCUCCCUCUAAAGGGUACGAGUAUUGUAUAUAUAUAUU